AUGGAUGUACUUGGGGCUAACAUGAAGAGCGGCAAGAGAUCACAUACCAAGAGAGGUAAAAAGGCUAUCAAAGUUGUCUACAUAUCUAGCCCUAUGAAGGUCAAGACUAGUGCCUCAAAGUUUAGGGCUCUUGUUCAGGAACUUACCGGCAAAGACUCCGAUGCCGAACGGUUCAUGGACAUUAAUGGUGCUCAUGACUCUCUUGAAAUCCCUCACCAAACCGCUGAAUAUGAUCGUCAUCCAUCGGUGUUUCCUUUGACGAACUCGUGUCAUGAUCAGUCACCAUCGACAACAAGCUCCGAGUCUUUUCUUGGGUCACUUGAUGGAGAGUUUUUCCCAUCCAUGGAAGGGAGCUUCAUGGGCAUGCUUCAGCCAAGCCUUUUCCAUGAAUCUUUUCAGUUAGAUGUGCUCAAUUAA